ACUGCAAACGGCUGAGAAUGGAGUCAAUGGACUAUGAUCAGAUGUCCCCACCAAGUUGAUGACUUGGGCAACUCUGGUGUGCUAUGAAGAAGAGGACUAGAGGAGGGGAGCCACAAGUCAGAGAGAGAGAGAGAGAGAGAGAGAGAGAGAGAAUGGAGCAGCGCCUUUGUGAAGCAGCAAUUAGAGGGGAUGUAGAAUCAUUGCGCGAAAUAACGAGACAAGAUGCACUGAUUCUGGAGCAGCGCCUUUGCGAAGCAGCAAUUAGAGGGCAUGUAGAAUCAUUGCCCGAAAUAACGAGAGAAGACGCACUGAUUCUCGAUAAAAUUGUGGUGGGGUGUUUCAACGGGAAAAGUCCCCUGCACAUAGCCACAUCGUGCGGGAAAGCACCCUUUGUGAACGAACUCCUGCGUCUCAAGCCAGAGCUUGCCGAAGUCUUGGACUCGGACCGACGCUCCGCCCUCCACUUGGCGUCAGCCAAAGGGCACGCCGAGAUUGUCAAAGCACUAGCGAAUGUGAGCCCCGACAUGUGCCUUGUUCGCGAUCGAGACGGUAAUAUCCCUCUUCACAUUGCGGCUGCAAAAGGAAAAGUCAAUGCCUUGGAUUGUUUGUUGCGAACGUGUCGCAGAUCGGCUCGAGUCAGGCUGGAUCGGGACGGGAGCACAGUCUUACACUUGUGUGUAAAGCACGAUAAGUUAAACACUCUGAAACUGCUGCUCGAGCUGAUGAGAGGUGAAGAGUUUGUCAAUGCCAAGGAUAACGAUGGCAACACCAUUCUGCAUUUAGCUGUCUUGGAUCAACAACUCGAGAUCAUAAUGCAUGUGCUUAAGAACAGCAAAAUAGACGUCAAUGCAAAAAAUGCAAGUGGGCAUACAGCAUUGGAUAUUCUUUUUUUAGCUGAUGAAGGAUCUGAGUCGAAAGAUUUGGAUCGGAAGAUUGAAGACUUUCUUCGAGAGGCAAAAGCUAAAAGAGCAAAGGAUCUCGUACAUAGUGAUUGGCUUACGAAGAAAAGAGACGCAUUAAUGAUUGUGGCAUCACUUAUUGCGACUAUGGCAUUUCAAGCCGGGGUGAACCCUCCGGGCGGUGUUUGGCAAGAAGACUCGGAAAAACAUAAAGCUGGGGAAGCUGUCAUGGCUUCUAAUUAUGCGAAAACAUACCCAUACUUCCUACGUUCUAACACAAUAGGAUUCGUCGCGUCGUUGAGCACAAUUUUGUUGCUCAUUAGCGGGUUGCCAUUCAAGAGAAAGGGUUUCAUGUGGAUUUUGGUAAUGAUCAUGUGGUUGGCAAUCACAUCAAUGGCAUUUUCUUACGCGUUUGCCAACAUCGUGAUCACUCCAAAAAAAGACAGGCAUUCGCUAAGUAAAACCAUUGAAAUUGCAGUCAUAGUCUGGUGCGGCGUGAUGGCACUUAAUUUGCUUGUUCCCAUGGUUCGAUACAUAACAGGUUUACUGCAAGAGCGAAGGAGGCGAACUCAGGCCAUUGACAGGAUAUUAAGCCCACGCCGACCACAGAGAACAACGUCAACAGAUCGUCCAAAUGGAGCUAAUGGAAGUCAUCAUGAGGCCGAUGUAUGAUCUUUAAUCUCAAGGUGACAGUGUGGGACCUCGUAUCGCAGUUGCCAAAUCACACCAAGCCAUUUUGAAGUACACACAGAUGCAUCAGACUAUGCCAUAGGCGGUGCGCUAGUACAAUAAGGUAAGCCUAAUCGCAUAUGAUAGCCGAAAGCUCAAUUUGUUGGGCUUGGAGGAUUCCACUUAAACCUCCUCUCGUUUAGUUCCUUGCCUGGGGUAGUAGCUAUAUGUUGGCUGGUGUAGCUUUUUGUUGGUAGUUUUUGUGGUUCUGUUUAGGGUUUUUUCUGUGUCUGCUAUAUAUGUUGUUGCUUUGAUAGCUUUGUUUUGGUGUUUUUGGACUGGAAAUGUUUUUCCAAGAGGUGGUGUUUUUGUAGACAUGUAUGGUUGUGUUACGAAAUAGAAUCUUAUAUUACUUGAAAGUGGAAUGAGUGAUCACUUAAUAACA